AUGAGACGACUUCUUGGUAUCGAUUUCUCACCGCUUUUCCAGCCAUGGGACAAGAAACUUCAGACGCUGGGCGUUAUCAUAAUAUUUGUAAUGGUCAUCCCGAUGUUCGCCGUCAGCCUCGUUCUGCCGUUCAUUUUGUUCUUUACCUUCCAAUGGCAUAUUCUGUUUUUGUACUGGCUGUGGUUUUUGUAUGACCGAAAUUCUCCAUACGUCGGUGGAUACAACAAUCCAUGGUUGAGAAGGGCUGAUGUACAGUUAACACCACGAGGUUCAUGUAAUAAAGUACUCAGACGGGAAUGGCUGCUACUGUCUGGAUUCAUUGACUGCUCCAAAGAAAGCAUCCAAAAUGCUUUUGCAAGGAGAAAUGCAGGGCAAGCCGUUAUUCUCGUCAUUGAGGGACCUGAACAUAAUGCUAAAUUCUAUAACCUAGGUGGAGCGGAAGAGGCUCUUUAUGCUCGACCAGGAUCGUAUAAAUUGAAGCUGCUCACACGGAAAGGAUUCAUAAAACAGGCUCUUAGGUGCGGUGCUUCCUUGGUCCCUGUGUACACGUUCGGAGAAAAUGACAUCUAUGAGCAGGUCGAUAUUACGGAGGGCUCACUUUUGUAUCAGUUCCAAAUGUGGGUGAAAAGACAUGUAGGAGUUACCGUACCAAUUUUCUACGGAACGGGGCUGUUUCAGUUGAACUUUGGAUUUCUGCCAUAUCGAACGCCUCUCAACACAGUCGUUGGUGCACCUAUCGAUGUACCGAAGGUUGUCGAGCCAACUGAUGAGGAAGUUGAUUGCCUUCAUCGACAGUAUAUUGAAGCCCUAACGGGGCUCUUCGAGAAGCACAAAACUCGAUUUGGUGUCCCCGAAGAAACGAAGCUUAUUCUAAUUUUCACUUUUCAAUGGCAUAUUCUACUGGCAUACAGUCUAUGGUAUUUGUAUGACCGAAAGUCCCCACAAAACGGUGGCUAUCGAGUCAAUUUCCCGCAGAGGUGGAGGAUACAGAAAUGGUUUGCCAACUACUUCCCAAUUACACUACAUAGAACCGCCGAACUGCCUGCAGAUCGAAACUAUAUUGUCGGAUGCCAUCCCCACGGAAUCAUCGGCAUGGCAGUCACCUCGAAUUUUGCUUCAGAAGGAACUGAUAAGAGCAAAGUGUUUCCAGGGAUUCGAUUUUCGGUGUGCACCUUGGCAUCAAAUUUCCAAGUCAUGUUUACGAGAGAGUUCCUACUUCUUUGUGGACUUAUUGACUGCUCCAAGGAGAGCAUAGCAAAUGCACUCGCAGAACAAAAAACAGGACGAGCCAUUGUGUUAGCCGUUGGUGGCGCCGAAGAAGCUCUGGAAGCUCGCCCGGGAGCACACAAACUGAAGCUGCUCACCCGGAAAGGAUUCGUGAAGCAAGCCAUACGAAACGGUGCUUCUUUGGUUCCUGUGUAUUCGUUUGGGGAAAAUGAUCUUUACAACCAGCUGGAUAACCCUGAGGGAUCGCUGGUACGUAAAAUCCAGACAUUGUCAAAAAGAUGGCUAGGGAUUUCACUGCCACUCUUCUAUGGUAGAGGAGUGCUACAGCUGAACUUCGGUUUUCUACCUCAUCGAAGACCAAUUCACACUGUUGUGGGAGCGCCGAUAGCUGUUUCCAGGAUUCCUGAACCUACCGAUGAGGAAGUGGAUAACGUGCAUCGGCAGUACUGCAAAGCCCUCGAAGAGCUUUUCGAACAACACAAAACUCGGUUCGGCGUCUCCAAGGAGGCGAAGCUCAUCCUAUAUGUACCGUAUUUACAGAUGGCCACAUUGCAAUGGCACAUUUUAUUUUUGUAUGCAAUGUGGUAUCUGUAUGACCGGGAUUCUCCAAAAACUGGUGGCUACCGAAAUAAUUUUCCGCAACGAUGGAUAUAUUACAAAUGGUUCGCCAAAUACUUCCCGGUAACUCUUCACAAAACUGCUGAACUGCCAGAUGACCGGAAUUACAUCGUUGGAUGUCAUCCCCAUGGUAUUAUUUGUAUGUCAGUGUCUGCUAAUUUCGCCUCAGAAGGAACCGAUAAAAGCAAAGUGGUAAGUGAGGUUCCCCAGCCGAAGUUCGAAGAAUGCUCGAUUAAGCCGUUUCCGGGAAUACGAUUCUCCCCAUGCACUUUGGCGUCAAACUUCAAAGUUAUGAUCACAAGGGAGUUACUGCUGCUGGCUGGAUUCAUUGACUGCUCCAAAGAAAGCAUCUCAAACGCUCUGUCAGCACAAAAGGGUGGAGCGGAAGAGGCUCUGUAUGCCCGACCAGGAGAACACGUACUAAAAUUGCUCUCCCGAAAAGGAUUUGUGAAGCAGGCUCUUCAACACGGUGCUUCAUUGGUACCUGUGUAUUCGUUCGGUGAAAAUGAUCUCUACUAUCAGGUGGACAACCCGAAGGGGUCCUUGACGCGAGCGUUCCAGAGGUGGACAAAAAGUAUGCUUGGGAUUUCAACGCCCAUUUUCUAUGGGAGAGGAUUGUUUCAGUUGGACUUUGGCCUACUGCCUCGUCGAGUGCCGAUAGAUACAGUCGUGGGGGCCCCGAUAGCCGUUCCCAAAGUUCUCGAUCCGUCCGAUGAAGAGGUGGAUCGUGUCCAUCGCCAGUACUGUGAAGCACUCACGGAACUGUUUGAGCAACACAAAACUCAAUUUGGAGUUUCCAAAGAGACGAAACUCUUUUUCACCUUUCAAUGGCAUAUUUUACUACUCUAUGCAGCAUGGUACUACUACGACAGAAAUUCACCAAAACGUGGUGGAUACGCUAGUGAAUGGGUUCAAAGGUGGACCGUGCACAAAUGGUUCGCCGACUAUUUUCCAGUCACCCUUCAUAAAACUGUCGAUCUUUCACCGAAUCACAACUACCUCAUCGGUUGCCAUCCACAUGGAAUUAUUGCUAUGGCAGUGUAUGCGAAUUUCGCCACUAACGGCACCAAUAAAUAUGCCAAAUUCCCUGGCAUUCGUUUCCGGGUAUGUACAUUGACGUUCAACUUCAAAAUGAUGAUUAAGCGUGAAUUGCUUCUUCUAAUGGGUUGUAUAGAUGCUUCAAGGGAGAGUAUCGAAUACGUGCUCGAUAGUCAGGAAACUGGUCGCGCUGUCGUUAUUGUGGUCGGUGGAGCUGAAGAAGCAUUAGAUGCACAUCCUGGUUACCAUACGCUGGUCCUCAAAUCACGUAAAGGAUUCGUCAGGGAGGCGCUGAAAACCGGUGCAUACCUGGUUCCAGUUUACUCCUUUGGCGAGAACGAAGUCUUUGAUCAGGUUGAGAACCCGAAGGGGUCGACCAUACGACGAUUCCAGUCGUGGGUGAAACAUCUCGCUGGCUUCUCUUUGCCAUUCUUCCAUGGGCGAGGCAUAUUCCAGCUCACUUUCGGCUAUCUUCCGUUCCGAAAACCUAUCGAUACGGUAGUUGGAGAGCCUAUUCCAGUUACAAAGGUACCAAAUCCAACACAGGAGCAGAUUGAUGAACUGCAUGAAAUCUAUGUGGAGAAGCUGAACAGCCUGUUCGAGGAGCACAAGCAGCGAUAUGGAGUCCCAGCUGAGACGAAACUAGUAAUUGCAUGA